AUGACCUGCCACGCCCCCAUAGCUGUAUCUAUAUUACUUCCUUGUGGGGUGUGUUAGGACGGGCUGAGCUGCUGAAACGCUGCAGUAUCAUAGUCUCGACAAAAAUCAGCAACGAUGACGGACAGAAAGCAGGGUCGGUUCACGGGAGGGAACUCGGAGGAGUCCAUCUUCCGUAUCCCGCCGUUCUACUACAUGCACGUGCUGGACCAGAACCUCAACGUCACCAGGACAGAGGUUGGGCCCAAAACCUACAUCCGACAGGACAAUGAGAAAGUUGUGCUGCCUCCAGAGAAGAUGAUCACGGUUCCGCCGCGUCACUACUGCGUGGUGGAGAACCCGGUGGUGCGCGGGGAGGACGGCGCGCCUGUGUACGACACCAGCGGACAGGUGAAGCUGGUCCACGCAGACCUGGAGAUCCGGCUGGCACAGGACCCCUUCCCGCUGUACCCGGGGGAAACACUCAAACAGAAUGUCACACCCCUGAAGGUGGUCUCUGCAGACACGGCCCUGAGGCUGCGGGCAGUGCUGGACUUUGAGGACCAGACUGGACAGAAGAGAGUGGCCGGAGAUGAGUGGCUGUUUGAAGGGCCUGGCACCUACAUUCCAAGGAAGGAGGUUGUAGUUGAUGAGACUGUCCGUGCGACCGUUAUCCUGCCAAACCAGGCCAUCAAACUGAGGGCGCGCAAGGAGACAGAAGAUCGGGAUGGCAACCACAGGGUCACAGGCGAGGAAUGGGUAGUGAAGAAGGUUGGAGCAUAUCUGCCCGGUGCGUAUGAGGAGGUUGUGGAUGUGGUGAACGCCUAUGUCCUGACAGAAAAGAAAGCCCUGCACAUGAGAGCACUGAGGACCUUCAAGGACUUCAAGAACCAGACGAGGAAGAGUGGUGAGGAGUGGCUCAUCACCAUGGAGGACACAGAGACGCACAUUCCUGAUGUUUAUGAAGAGGUUGUUGGGGUGAUCAACAUCACCACCCUGAGUAACCGUGAAUACGCCGUGAUUGUAGACCCUGUAGGAGAGGAUGGGAAACCCCAGCUGGGCCAGCGGAAGCUCGUCAAGGGAGAGAAGUCUUUCUUCCUGCAGCCAGGAGAGACACUUGAAGACGGGAUCCAGCCCAUGUACAUCUUGGAGGAGGAUGAAGGACUCAUCCUUAAGGCUAAUGAAGCCUUUAAGGACAAGGACGCUCAGAAGGACGGAGGAGUUGAGCGGAAGCCUGGUGACCGCUGGAUGAUCCGCGGCCCGAAGGAGUACGUCCCUCCCGUGGAGGUUACCGUGGUGAUGAAGAGGAAGGCCAUCCCAUUGGACGAGAAUGAGGGCAUCUACAUCCGGAAUAUCAAAACUGGCAAGGUUCGUGCGGUCUGUGGACAGACCUACAUGUUGGACCAGGAUGAGGAGAGUUGGGAGAAACAGCUGCCGCCAGCGGUGGAGUCUCUCCUCACACAGAACUUGGUGAUAGACACAGGCAGGCCUGCAUUUGGGAGUAUGAUGAACAUAUGCCCCGAUGAACAGGACAUUCUACCACAGGUUCAAGUUCAAAAUCAGCAGAGGCCUCAGCCUCGGUUCCGACCUGCCGAACUUGGCAUGGCUUGCCAGGCCUACACUAAUUUGGGGGAUCUUGAUCCACUCGCGGACCGAAGUGACCGUGGGCCCCGUCCCCGCUCGGACCAGCCGCGGGACAAAACCAAGGUCGUGACCUUCCGCGUGCCUCACAACGCUGCUGUCCAGAUCUACGACUACAAGGAGAAGAAAGCCAGGGUUGUGUUUGGGCCUGAACUGGUGCUGCUGGGACCUGAUGAACAGUUCACCCAGCUCAGUCUGUCCGGCGGGAAGCCCAAGCGACCCAACGUCAUCAAGUCCCUGUGCCUGCUCCUCGGGCCCGACUUCUGCACCGAUAUCAUCACCAUAGAAACGGCCGACCAUGCCCGUCUGCAGCUGCAGAUGAGCUACAACUGGCACUUUGAUGUCAAGGACAAGGAGAAGGAUGGCAAGAAGAUUUUCAGUGUUCCCGACUUUGUUGGCGACGCCUGCAAGGCUGUGGCCUCCCGUGUCCGUGGGGCUGUUGCCGGUGUUCAGUUUGAUGAUUUCCACAAGAACUCUGCUCGUAUCAUCAGGGCAUCGGUAUUUGGUCUGGAUGAGAACAACAAGGUUCGCGAUGUUUUCCAGUUCCCCCAGAACAACCUGGUGAUUACCAGUGUAGAUAUCCAGUCCGUGGAGCCGGUGGACCAGCGCACGCGAGACUCGCUGCAGAAGUCCGUCACCCUCGCCAUCGAGAUCACCACCAACUCCCAGGAGGCUGCGGCCAGGCACGAGGCCGAGCGCGUGGAACAGGAAGCCAAAGGUCGGCUGGAGCGUCAGAAGAUCCAGGAUGAGGCGGAAGCAGAGAAUUCACGCCGAGACCUGCUGGAACUGCAGGCCAAGAGUGCUGCAGUGGAAAGUACAGGCCAGGCCAAAGCAGAGGCCCAGUCUCGCGCCGAGGCUGCCAGGAUCGAAGGAGAGGCGGCGGUGGAGCAGGCCAAGCUCAAGGCACAGGCCUCCAAGAUUGAAGCUGAAUCUGAGCUUGAGCGCCUGACCACAGCACGUGAGGCUGAGCUAAAGUACUUGCGGGAGCAGAAUGACAUGGAAGUGGCCAAGCUAAGGGAAAUGGCCGACAUCGAGACACAGAAGUUCAAGAACCAGGUGGAUGCCAUUGGUGCUCAGACUAUCCAGUCUAUCGCCCUGGCUGGGCCCGAGCUACAGGUCAAACUACUGAAGGGUCUGGGUCUGACCUCUACCCUGAUCACAGAUGGCUCUUCUCCCAUCAACCUCUUCAACACUGCCGGGGGUCUGAUCGGGGCCAUGGGUGGGGCAGCCAGUGGCCCACCUGCACGUGUGCGCCGCGACUCUGGUUCCUCAGAAGACUAGGAAGCUCAAUUCAACCAUCUUCGAAUAGUCCAUCUUUUAUAAGACCUGUAGUGCUCCUUGGAGAGUAAUGACAACUGCAUAGAAUGGACCAAGGGAGACCUUUUCCCUGUAAGCUCCUUGAAUGGAAGUAGAUUCUACUUUCACAAAGAAUUACUAUAAAUUGUUCUAUUUCAAGUGUUAAAAACAGAAAGGGACCUUCCUUGCCAGUAUAGCUGCAAUCCCUGCUAAUGGGGUAGGGGAGAGAAUAUAACUGUAGAUUUAAAGUGCUACUUACACUACUUGUAAUCAACAUAUACAAUGCAAAUGCUGGGCAAAUGAGUUACCAAAGAAGAUGGGGUAAAGGGUGU